UUUUGAUAUCGUCAUCCCGUCUUCCGUCACUCAUGCAUGUAUCUCCUAUUCCUAGAUUUGAUAAAUUUAUUUAAGAGAAAGGGAAUUGGAGAUCUUGAUUCUUGAUAAUAAAUGUGAUGUUAGUGCAGAAUAAACUAAAAUUGAUAUCAGUGUUUCUGCCUGACAGCUCUUAUUAUAAUAGUUGAUCUUGUAAUGAGUCUUUGCUUGAAACCUUCUUGAGUUUUAACAAACUAAUUAUGUCUGACUGGAAAAAAAGGUUGGGAAUUGAGAUUAAUUACAGCUCCGAUGAUGAUGAAAGAAACCAAAAUGGAGAAAAUAGUCCCACUUAUGCGGAAGAACAAGAGUAUUUGGACUCUGUCUGGGACUAUGAUCAUAAAUAUGGAAGCACACCUCCACGAACACGGAUGACCAGGAGAAACCGAAGUAGGAGAGAGAAAGAACAACUUCUCAUAGGUAAAUCAGCGCAACGCUCUUCCUCUGUCAGACAGCCAACAUUUACUGAUGAUUGCAUAGACGCAAUUUGUGAAUCUGAUGAGGAAGAAAGUAAUCAGUGUGAAUCGAAACGAAGCUCGUACACCAGUAAACGAAGCAUCAAAAUGCUGCGUUGCUCAGAGAGAGAUCUGAAGUUGGAUUUGAGUGAGGCCAGGUCACGUCUCCCCUCCUCUGUUUCGCAUCUACCCAGGGAUGAACGCGUUGAAAGCCUGCCACAAAUAGCUAAGAAGGUUGAAACGUGCAACAGGUUCUUGAGUUUAACGUCAAAACUGGUUGUGUCUAGAAACUUGGGCAUAGCGGACGGCCGGUCGCUGCUUCCUCAGGAAGAAUGCGUUCAGAAUCGAGUCGAGUUCUAUGAGACUUUUUCCAAGUUGAUACAGAUGGGAAAUUGUGACACUAUCAAGCGACAGAUAGCUGCGAUUAGCCAGGAAGAUCACAUUUGGCAGAACGAGUUGAAUGAUCUGAUUUGGCUUGAGCUGCAGGCCUGGCACGCGGACCGCUCUCUGCAGGAACAAGAUCACUUUCUCUGUCAGGCCAGAGAGGACAUUCAGAAUCUGCUACAUGAAAUCAUGAGCUAUAAGUUCAAGAAACGAGCGGAUCAAUUGUCAGCAAGCAGUGCAGAUAGUGGAAUUCAUUUUCCCAAUGACGAACAGGAUAUUUCUGAUGCGGUGCUGCCGAAUGGUGGCAACCCAUGCACCGGCCUGUGUCUGAGCAUGUCAUGUCCCACGUGCUUCGAAGACCAGAACUGCGCCCUGCGAGACGUCGAGGCGAUGCUCACGCGCCUCGAAGCGGCUGAGGCGCUUUAUCCUUCCAGCAAAUCGUUCGCCACUCAGCAUCCUCUCUACUUGAGUGACAAAUUCACUGCAAGAGUGAAGGCUAUGUGCUUAUGGUACAACAUGACUAAACAUCAUCGCUUGAAACUUCUUAUUCUAGUACGACAUUUACUCAGUCAUGCGGCCAGGAAGAAUUUCAGGGCAGAUUCAAAAACUCCUUCAGAAGAAGGUCAACUUGAAGAAAACGAUUUCAAAUUCAUCAACUAUGAUAACGAUGACGUGGAUGAAUGGAAGUCGUGGCUGGAUACCAAUCUUUACAACAUUGAACCGGUCGGAAAAUUUUGUCGUUAUGCGCAGCAGAUCGAUGGCAAUUUCUCUCGAGUUUACAUCAGGAAAUAUAUAGAAGACGUAUUGAAAGUUCGUGGAUUACGUAAAGCGUUGCACUUUCUUGAGAAACUUCAUCUAUCUGUGCUGCGGAAAGCAAAAUUUACUCUCCAGAAACCAGCCGAUGAAGAAAUAUUUUCUGGAGACGCAGAUUUGGUAGACAUGGAUGAAGAGGAAGUGAGAGAGUUGAAACAGUUUGGAUGUUGGAGUGAGGAGGCGUUGGCUCUGAAUCUCCCCUCCUAUCGGUCAGCCUUCCUGUUUGUAUCACGGGUCCCAUUAGAUGUCAUUCAUGAGUUUCUCUCGUUGAGAUUGGAAACAAAACCUGAAAAGCCGUCGCCUAUGUCAAUUCGGCAGCUUAUAAAAGAAUUGAAAGAGGGCCUACGUCUUGCCGUUCUUCAUAGACAGAGAUAUCAAUACCAUAUUUACGCUGCUCUCUCGGAGCCCAGUGAUAUGGCCGAAGAUUAUAUGAAGGAGCACAUCGAUAGUUUUGAUGCCACUGUGCAGAAUGUAUUAGAGCUUUAUCUGGAUUACCUGCAACAAUGGGUACAGUUUGUACAAGAAGAACGAGUGCAAAAAAAUAUUUUGGAAGAAGAAUGGGGCUUCGCCAUGCAAAGCUGCAACCACAUACCUGGAGGCCAUGCUCUUGUUGGGAGUAGUUUUUGCCGAAUGGCGAGUUCAAUGAUGAAAUGCAUCAGCCACACAAUGCAAUCGAAGAGUCAGGAUCAGAUUCAGAUCAUCAAUAUUGAGUGUGAAUACAACAAAUUUGCUUUAUUAGAAAUAGGUCGUGGACUGCAGCAAAUAUGCAUAGAAACAAGAGAGAAGGCAUUACACGUUGUUGCUCUAUCGAAAACGCUGCGGAAAGACUUGGAGAAUGACCAGGACAGCAAGCCCAAGUCGCUUCAUUGCAACAUCAUUGCUGAUUCUCUCUCACAGCUCAAGCGAGAUGUGGUUAGUUUUUGCGGAGAUUUGACAGUUGUCAUAAAAAGGAUUGAAGGAUCAUUACAAGUACCUCAGGAUCUAGAUGAAAGUGAAAAGAAUUCUCUCCAAGUAAGAUUCAGAGAAGUUUUGCACCAGUUCUUCAAAUUCGGAUUUGAGUACUUGAAAGAAGUGUGUCGCCUGGUGACAGGCAACUCCAAGUCGCAGCUGUGUCGAGCGAGUAUCCUGUUUGCUCACCACUGGAUGCAGUUCGUGAAGGAGCGGUGCGAGCGGGGGAGGGGUCUGCGGCCCAGGUGGGCACACCAGGGUCUCGAGUUCCUCAUGAUGAUCUGCGAUCCGAGGCUCACCAGUCACCUCACCGAUGAAGAAUUUGAGGAUUUGAAGACGAGUAUGGAUGACUGCAUCUCACAUGUAAUUGGAACGGCCACACCGCCGAUCAACACAACGCCGCCAUGUUAUGUGGCAUCCAGGUCGAGGGGUCCGUCUCCUUGUCCUUCUGCCACCUCUCCAAGGGGCGGUCAUCGGCGAUCCAUCAACUCCCAGUCGAGUGUAGAGGCUGGUGAUAAAUGCCCCGACAGACUUGGUGAUCCCAAUAAGGAACCAAACUGGUUUCCUAGCACCACACAUAGAUCUCGAAGAAUCUCGAGGACAGAAAGAGUUCAGCAAUCUGUGCACAAUCUUGAUGAAAUGCUGGAAACCAAUCUGCGCACAAAUAAUCUGAUAGGAAAUGUGGUCGCAACCGAGCCAACUAGAGUGAGAAACUUCAACUAUCCCAGACCAGUCAACUUCAAAUGGCAGAGAGGAAUCAAAAUUGGUCAAGGAAGGUUCGGCAAGGUUUAUACAGCAGUCAACAAUGAAACUGGAGAGUUGAUGGCCAUGAAAGAGAUCGCCCUGCAGCCAAACGAUAGAUGCACAAUAAAAAAUGUCGCACAAGAAAUAAAGAUUUUCGAAGGAAUUAAACAUGAGAAUCUAGUUCGUUAUUAUGGUGUAGAAAUUCAUCGGGAUGAGAUGUUGCUUUUCAUGGAGUUGUGCACAGAAGGGACCCUGGAGAGUCUGGUGGCAGCCACUGAGUCAGCGCUGCCCGAGGCGCUGAUUCGCAGAUACACCAAUCAGCUGGUCAGGGCCAUCAGCGUGCUCCAUCAGCACGCCAUCGUUCAUCGCGAUAUCAAGAGUGCAAAUAUAUUUUUGACAGCUGAAGGAAAUUGCUUGAAAGUUGGAGAUUUUGGUUCAGCUGUUAAAAUAAAAUCUCAUACAACAGUACCAGGAGAAGUGCAAGGCUUUGUUGGAACACAAGCUUACAUGGCUCCAGAAGUAUUCAUGAAAACUAAUACUGAAGGACAUGGAAGGGCUGUGGAUAUCUGGUCUCUUGGCUGUGUCCUUGUGGAAAUGGCUUCUGGAAAGAGACCAUGGGCCGAGUUUGACUCCAAUUAUCAGAUAAUGUUCAAAGUGGGCAUGGGCGAGACUCCCGAAAUCCCAUCAACCCUCAGCGACGAAGGGGCGCACUUCGCCUCGCUCUGUCUGCGUCACGAUCCCAAAGAGAGGGCAACCACCAUGGACCUCAUUCAGCACUCUUUUCUGCAGGUUGAUGGUGACGAGGAGUGUCUCUCAUGUACAAUGCCUUCUAUUCUUGAAGAUUAUCUCAAAUUGGGAAUCAAACGAUAGAUAGGCUCAUCGUACCUUGAAAAUCUUUGCAGAAUUAAAGAAGAUACAUUUAGUAGAAUUAGAUUAGCCUUAUUGUCUGCUACGAUAUAAGUGUUUUAGUAUUGUACGUCUGUGAUUCGUAUUGUCUUCUGUCCAGUGUUAUUUGUGUAUGGUAGAUAUCACUUUUCAAUGAUAUUAUUUUCUCUAAUUGCAGUUAAAAUAUUGUUGUUAUAAGCCUUUAUAUUUCCUUAUAGUUUAUUGUGACUGUUAUAUGAAUUAAGUUUAUUUUAUAUUAUGUUAUAGAUGUCUAGAUGUUUAUUAAUUAUUACAUGUUCCUAGAUGUAUUGAUGUUUAAUGUAUAUUUAGCAGAAACUGUAUUUUGACACCUGUCGAUAUAAUAGAACGGUGUUGGAUUAUCUCAAUAUUUUAUAAUGAUUCUUUGAAUAGAGGCUAGGAGGCUAGGGGGUAUUGUAACUUGAUUUUUCAAUCUCGUAUACUGUAAAGUCAUAAGAAAAUCAGAUGAAACUUUUUCAAUGAUAUUGUUAUUGAGAUAUUAAUUUUUGAUGGAAACUGUUCCAUUGUAUCAGAACUAAAUGAAUUUUCGGUCCGUAUCUAUGAACUCUUCACAAAGGUCACUUUGGAAUGUUGUACUUGAACCGGUGACCCAUAGCAUUACAUACAUUUUAUUCUGUGUUUAUUAGUCGCAAAGUUUACUUUUCACCUAAUUUCACAACUUGUAGGUGGAACUUAAUUCUCUAGGUGCUGAAGAAAUUCAAUUUCUUAUACUAUAGACUUGUUCCUUCGAAAGACCAUUAACUUUCAAAAUUAAAUUACGGAAUGCAACGUUCAGUGAUUGACUAACUCUAAAUUGUAUAUGAAUUAAGAUUUAUGCAUUCUUUCAUAAUUUGCAUAGUAUUGACGUUUUUGCAAAAUUGUGUAGUAAAGCUAGAAACGUUUAUCUGUUAUUCUACAAUUUAUUCUAGUACUAAUGCAAAUUAGUAUUGUUCUAAAGCCAGAAGCCACUAUACUACUGUAACUAUUAUGUAUUACAGUAUACAAAAUGUGUGAAAUGCAUUUCAAUAGGAUUUAUGUAAUGUUCAAUUCAUGUAAGAUGUGUAUUUUUAACAAUUUAUUAUUGAAUGAGCUGUAAUAUUAUGUAAUAGUUUUUGACAAUAUUAGAUUAAUAUUGCAACUAUUAACAAAGGUUAUCAUUCAAGUUAUUCUAUUUUUGAUAAUAUAUGCAUGUUAAUUUCAACAUGUAUGAUAAAAUAUACAUCUUUCACGUUCAUAAGAUUAUUUUAUGAAAACCUAUUGGUAAUUGAAACAUUAAGAUACCAUGAUUGAUGAAAAUAUUUAGUGGAGAAUGAUUCAUUGUGAUGCAAAAAUAAUUUGGUUAUGGCAGUUUCCUGAAAUGCAAUUAAUCUAGGUAAACGGUCAACUGGACUUUUAUCAUUUUGUUAUACAAAUUAAAAUAGAAAAUCGCCUCAUUUAAAAUUGAUUUAGAGUGAAGUUUACCUCUUAUGUAUUUGAUGAAGUUUCUAUCGAUAUCCCAGUGCUGUAAACGUGAUAAAAAGAAACGUUUUUUAUGAAUAUCAUGUUCAGUACUCAAGGUAUUCCUUAGACGUUAAUUUUUGUUAUUCAUAAAAACAACUAUUGAUCUUAUCUGUUAAUUAUAAUUUAUUGAUAAAUCGCAACCACAAAGAAACCAAAUUGCUUAUUCUAAGAAAUGAUACAUUCCUAUUAUACAUUCCGCAAAUUUCUAUAGAUGAUGCUAACUUUUGUCUAUGCAUUUGAAAAUCAGAUACUUCUUAUAAGUUAAUGUCAUUACUUGAGAUUGUGAAUGAUUAUGUUUUUGAAGUACUGUACCUAUCACCAUAGAGUAAAGAUACUACUGUUCAAGAUACAACUUGUAUCAGUUGAUCUGCUAUCACGUAAC